CGCGGCUUUUCUGAGCAUUACGGCGCUCCUCCGCCCCCGCGCGGCGGGCAGGGACCCACCGGUUCCGGCACCCGCGGCGGAGCCGUGACGCCGGGGAGCGGACCCCGCCGGGCCGCCGCUCCGCUCGGCUCAGGCUGCAGGCCCGCAUGGAGGGGACCGCGGAGCCCCCGGCGCCGGACCUGCGGGACGUGGAGAGCAAGGUGGGCAGGAAGACCCCCGAAGGGCUGCUCCGCGGGCUGCGAGGGGAGCGGGAGCCGGGACCCCCCGGCAGCCUGCUGCUCGCGGGGGCGCCGGGCUCGGGCCACGGCCUGGGGGACAAGAUCCAGGCGCUGAAGGUGGAGCUGGCUUACCUGCGAGCCGUUGACGUGAAGAUCCUACAGCAGCUGGUGACGUUGAAUGAGGGCAUCGAGGCGCUCCGCUGGCUGUUGGAAGAACGGGGGACGUUGACCAGCCACUGCAGCAGCCUCACCAGCAGUCAGUACAGCCUGACAGGCGGGAGCCCAGGCCACUCAAGGAGAGGCAGCUGGGACAGCCUGCCAGACAUCCGCUCCACCGACCAGCUGGACAGUGUCUCCAUUGGCAGCUUCCUGGACACCGUGGCACCCCCUGAGCUGGAUGAACCGGGCAACCUUAGGGCUCCCCAUCCUGAGAUGGACUGGGCAAAGGUUCUGCCUGGUGGGGAGAGGGCCAGGGCUGAGCUGGACCUGACCGCCACCAAGCUAGGGAGCUUGAGGGCUGCGUGGAAGCCCCCAGAGGAGGGGCUCCAAGGUGGACCUCCUGAGCCACCAGAGGACGAAAACACCAAACUGGGCUUUGAGGUCCACUGGUACUGGGGCCAGUGCCAGGAUGAUGUGACCUUCCUGUAACAACAUGUCCUCCCUUUUGUUCUGCUGUGGCUCUUUCUUCACCGGGCCCUGGUCCCCCUUGAAAUUUAUUCUCUCUCAAUUUGGGACUAGGAAGAGGCUGCAUUGAAAUCCGUUACCAUGGAAAUCUGCCCUCACCAUCCCUCUCGUCCCUGGGGAGUCUAUGCCUCUAUCCCUCAAUUAUUGGGUCCCUAGAGCUAUAUAUAUUAUACAUAUGUAAUAUAUAUAUAUAUUCCCCAUACGUAUAUUAAUUCUAGAGCAGGGGUAGGAAAUGUUCAGCCUAUGGACUGCAUAAGGCCUGUGAAAUCAUUUGGUCUGGCCCUGCCAAGGCAUUAGGGAUGAGUUAACUAAAUGUUUGACCAAGUAUAGCCGGCUGAUGUUUAAGCUGAUAAUUUUGUAUGGCCUGUGAACAAUGUUAUAACUAUCCAAAUGGCCCUUGGCAAAAAAGAGGUUCCCCACCCCUGCUCUUGAGGGUGUGAUGGUCUCUCUUUCCGUUUUCUCAUAACUACGUAAGGAUUUGAAGGAUUUAGGACCCUUAGGAGGUCGCUCAUGAAGAGAUAUGGGAAUAAUGGCCUCCCUCAAUGUCUUAAGAGCUUUGGCUGUCUCUCCCCCCUAUCCCCACCUUGGCCAAGAUGGAUGAUUGUGGAGGGACAUGGUCACUCAGGGCCAACCCUCCAUGGAUUAGCCUUCCUAGGAGCCUUUGGGGUUGGUGGAACCACUGUUUCCUGUUUGGUGAGUGAUGUCAUUGCCUGCCAGGAUGGACUAGCCUUUCCACUGUACCAGUCCUUUGGUGGUAAUAGGUCAGUCCAGCGGUAUCUGAACCCCUGCUGCUAAAGGAGACCAUGCCAUUUAUUCUCCAAACCAUUACUUCCUGUGAGGGGAAGCAUACCACCCCUCCUGGCAAGAAAUUUUCUCACUGUCAGAUGUUUAUGCUUCUUCUCAGAAAAGUUCAUACUUUUUAAACAGGGCUAGUCUCAUUUCGUCCUAGGGGAUCUGGAUUCCUCUGUAACCACAUCCCUGUCUGGUGCCAGCACUCCUAUAUCUGUGCUGUCAGGGAGGGAAACCGGCAAGGGCCUCCGCCUGCUGCUCUCAGAAGCCUGGGCCUGCCCUGCCACAGUCAGUUCGCGUUUUACCCUGUCCCUGGGUUGUCUCCAUUCUUGUAUUCUGGCUCCAAAUCUGUCUGCCAGGAGGCUCAGUCUUUGUGUCUCCUCACCUUCUCAGUUUCCACUUCCACUUCAGGCUUCAGGCCUUUUAUAUGCAGAUGAGUCCCCGUUGCUUAGGGGAGGACGGGCUUGAGGUCUCGGAGCUCUGGAGGAGUACCAGAAUCUCCAAAGUGAGGAGAUGUCUUUCUUUCUGAACCCGUGACUCCCCCUCCCCCACCUUGCCCCGACCCUCUACCAUUCGGUCAAAAGUCCCAGCCCAGAAACUGGGACACAGGAAUCCCCUUGUUUGAAUUACAAUGGGGGGUGUGGUGUUGGCCGGGAAAGAUAGGCUCUUUAGUCCUAGGGCCCACGUCCCUGGAGGAGGGAGAGAUGGAGGGAAAGGCCACUUUGCUUCCUCCCUCAGAGCAAGCCCUAGACUCCUGAUGAGGGAGCAGGGGACUCGCUCCUCCUCCCCCAUCCCCUCAGUGUGUUUGGUAUCACUAAAAUAUAUCCUUAGCUUUCCUCUGCUGCCUGCCAGCCCUCUCCUUACCACCCUCCUGGUCUUGGGGCUCCAAAUUCAAACACCCUUUUCUCAUGCCUCCUCUGUUGCCAUUUUGUUGUGUGCCCUUGGGGAAUUACCUUGUAUUCCUUUUUGAAGCUAGCUUAUUUGUUUAGUCUACAGAUCUCUGAGCUGAAGCAGUUGCCUGCCAUCUUGUGGUCAUUAUGCACCAUUGCCAUGAGUAGCUGGGUGGAACCUCCAAAUUCAAAUACAGCCGGGGCCUCAGGGUACAGACCAUUGGAGAGACAGGCCUAGAGAGUCAGAGACUUGCCCGGUGUCACCCAUGGCGUCUCCUGCCUGCUAGCCUGCCCACAGUUCUCUCACCUGGUCAGACUGUUCCUCCACCUCACCCAGUCACUACCACCCAAGCCUAAAGGGACUGAAAGCAGUUUUCUCCCAUUUUAAUAUUUGGGUUCUCAUCCUGCUGUAAAGAGGCAGCUACAUGUUCAGAGAAGGGCUACAGGCUCUGAGGAAAGAGAACCUUGGACCUGGAUUGGGUAAAGGCUACACGAAUGUGGUCUGCAGAUAUAAGGAAAAUCAAUCCUGGACCAUUUUUCUGGGAAGGGAGGGUGAGUAGGGCUGGAAAUCAUGGGAGGUUAGAAGUGGGGCCUGGGGUGGAGAGGUUUGAGGUUAGGAAAUCCAGGUGGGUGCUAUGGAGUGGGGGCUCCAUAUGUCAGGGUAUCACAAGGAGAUGUGACUUUUUUUUUAAGUGGGUAAUUAGGUAAUUUAAAACAUUUAAUUCUUAAACCUAUAAACAAUGCCUUAUUAACAAUGUGUUGUUUAGACAUUUGCUCAGGUAGUAAUAUAAGUAACAAAUGAGUGGUAAUGUGAA